GCCAUCUCCCAGGCAGUUCUAAACAUUAUCGAAGAAAUUCGAGACUGCACUGUAUUAUAAACAAUGUCUGAAAAUGAAAUACUUUGCAGUCCUCCAAAGUUACGAAGACUUGUUCAUCUUGAUAAAGAUAUUGGAAUUUUAUCAACCUCUACAGUAUUAUCAUGUCCAGAUAACCACAUCCAAAAUUUACAUCAACAAGAUACAUGUGGUGUCUCAAGUGUAAAUAUUGAGAGUGAGCUGAUUGACAGUGCUAUAGACCAAGUUGUCACACUACCACAAUUAGUAACAAAUGUGUCAGUUGCACACAAAGGGCAAAGUAAUGAAAUCAGUAAACAUUCACAAAAGCUCAUACAAUUAGAAGUACAACUCCAAAGAGAGGAGAAAUUAAAUAGUGAUAUAUUACUGGAUGUGUCAAGUGUAACAAAGAAAGUUUAUAUAACAGAAGAUUUAGUUAAAGAAAAACAGAAAUCAUGUCAAGUUUUAGAGAAAGAAAUAGAAUCUAUUGUUACAAGCAAUUCACAAUCAGAGAAGAAACUUGAUCUUAAAUUAACAGAAAUAGAAAAUGAGAAAAGAAUUUAUGUAGAAUAUAGACAUAAGAUGGAAGAACAUAUAGAAAAUGUAGGUUUAUUUAAAGAAUCAUUACCAUUAAACAAACAACUAGAUGAACAGAAACAUAAAGUGGAUACCUUACAAUAUAAAUACAAUGCUCUUUGUGAAAAUAAAGAGAAAAUGAGAUCUGUUUGUAGUGGUGAAAAAGAUGGAAUUAAAGAAGAAAUACAAUUAUUACAAAAGAAAGCAGAGACAAUGAGAAAAGAUUGUAUAAGUAAACAACAACAGAUUGAGAAAGUGAGGCAACAAGAACUAAAAGUUGAACAAAAUAUUAAUGUUCUACAUAAGCGUAAUAAAGCUCAGUUAACAAGAUUAAAAUGUCAAGUUAAAGAACAACAGUUAUCUUACAGACAAUGGUCAGAUCAAAUUUCUCAUUUAAAAAAGAUAUUAUCAGAUUUAAAACAUCAAAUGGGAGGAGCUGUCUAAUAGCAUAUUUUGAUAAUUACAAAGUCUACUUUAAAAAUAGAAAAAUAGAUUUAUUACAAUAAACAAAUAUAUAUCACAGAUUU